AUGAACUUUGACCUUGAUGAACUUUUUGACACACGACCUCGUCAGCAGCAACAGCAACACGGAGGUCCAACCUAUGUGCCGCCACCGCCACCGAGCGAUCCACCACCACCACCUGUGUGGAUGCAGCAAGAUCCAUUUGGUAUGAAUCCAACGGCGACACAACCACUACCACCACCACCACCACCACCACCACCACCACCACCGCCACCUAUGCAGCCACCGAUGCAGCCGUUUGAGGUGACUACUUAUGCGCCCGCCGCGGCCGUGCCUUAUCAAACCCAUUACCUUCCUUCACAUGCCCCUCAGUCGUACGGCGAAAACGGGCAUAAGCUGCCUUCCUCAUCUCUUCCGCCCGGUGGGCCAUCAGCUGCACUUUCAGCACAAACAGCUUAUUACGCGGAACCCACCUCAACCCCAGUGCAUCAUGGUCCUUCAUACCAAGCGUCCCUGGGAGUACCGGAUGCUCCUUCAAUCCCACAAACUGUAAGAAGUUCUGUCGUGUCCUCUGUGCCUCCGCCGUCUCAAUCCGAAACCGCGGUGAUGACGCCUAUAGUCAGUAAGGAAAGUUCUGUGCUUGCACAAGAGGAAGAGGACCGUAAACAGUUGGAGAAGAUCAUUCAACUUCGUAAGGAACUAGAAAAAGAGCGUGAACGAGAACGCAAAAAACAGGAGGAACUCGAAACCUGGGGUUGCUCUUCCUGUACAUACAGGAAUGCGCUGGAUGUGAACCGAUGUGGAAUGUGCGGUUCGAAUCGCCCAGGGUACCUUCCCCCUUCUAAUGUUGCCCCACCAUCUACAUCGCACAGUGAUGCACAUUCGUCAUUCACCUCAUCUUCAAAGACUACGGGGGUGCAGUCAGGAGUUGCUGGACCGACGGCAUGGGUGUGUGGUAUUUGUUUGGCACCAAAUGAGGCCCAUCAUUCCCGUUGCAAAGUAUGCAGCAGUUACCAAAAAAACGGCACGCCUAUUACUGGAGUUGAUGCAAAAGGCACAGGUGCUACGCCAGGUGUUCCUAUGCCACCAUCGGCCUGGCUGUGUGGAAUUUGUGGCAAUAAGAACGCCGCCAAUGCGGCACGUUGUGUAGGUUGUAGCAGCUACCAGAGCAACGGUACACCUGUGAUGGACCCGGGACCCACGCCACAAACUGUAACAGAGACGGCUUCUACAACGUGGAAGUGUUCGGUGUGCACGUUAGAGAAUCCUGUUAGCAGUGCCGUGUGUGAUGCGUGUCAGAGUGGGCAGCGUCCACGCCACCUUGCCCCACCCAGAACCAAUGACAGGGCGAAGAAAAAAUCUGGAGAUGAGUCGCGUGACGCUGACGUCGCGAGGGCGUGGCCGUGUCCGACCUGCACAUAUCAAAAUGCCAUCGCAAAGGAAAAGUGUGAUAUGUGCACCACUGAGCGUCCUUCACAAUACAAACCACGGCCACCACUGAACACAAAAAAGGAUUCUGAAGACUCCGGUGACGAUAUUCAGUGGCAGGAGGAUGAAGCCGCAAAGGAGUGUAAUAGGUGUCAUUUGCCUUUUAACCUCACACGGCGCCGACAUCAUUGCCGGGCAUGCGGAUUUGUGUUUUGUGGUGCGUGUUCUUCUUACCAGCUAGCAGUUAAAAGGAACGGUUCUCUAGAGCGUGUGUGUGUGAGCUGCCACGAGGCUCAUAGAAGGGAAUAG